GGCGGGGAGAGUGGCGCGGUUGGCAGUUGCUGUGGUUUCCAGCCCCGGGUGGGUUAGUUCUUCGGAAAGCGGGAACACACGGACUUAGCGUCCCGCGUCCAGGUCCAGGUGUUGGUCUCUGCCGAUCCGGAGGUCAGCUGCACAGCAUCCCUUGUUCGGAUCAGGGUCGGACCCCUCUUUUACCUUCGCCACUUAGUAUCCAUAUCUAGGUCGCUCCGGCGCGGCCGAGGAGAAGGCCGCCUGCGAAAUGUUCAAAAACACGUUCCAGAGCGGCUUCCUCUCCAUCCUCUACAGCAUCGGCAGCAAGCCCCUGCAGAUCUGGGACAAAAAGGUGCGGAAUGGCCACAUUAAAAGAAUCACUGAUAAUGACAUCCAGUCCCUGGUGCUAGAGAUUGAAGGGACAAAUGUCAGCACCACGUACAUCACGUGUCCUGCAGACCCGAAGAAGACACUGGGGAUUAAGCUUCCAUUCCUUGUCAUGAUUAUCAAAAACCUGAAGAAAUAUUUUACUUUCGAAGUACAGGUGCUAGAUGACAAGAACGUGCGGCGGCGGUUUCGGGCGAGUAACUACCAGAGCACCACACGGGUGAAGCCCUUCAUCUGCACCAUGCCCAUGCGGCUGGAUGAAGGCUGGAACCAGAUUCAGUUCAACCUGUCGGACUUCACUCGGCGGGCCUAUGGCACCAAUUACAUUGAGACCCUCAGAGUGCAGAUCCAUGCAAACUGCCGCAUCCGACGGGUUUACUUCUCAGACAGACUGUACUCAGAAGAUGAACUGCCAGCAGAGUUCAAACUCUAUCUCCCAGUGCAGAACAAGGCGAAGCAAUAACUGGAAUGCAAUUCAAGGGAUGGACCCUGGACCUGACUUUAAUUUUAGAAAGGAAACUAUCUGGAGGACAAUGCAGAAAAAAAUAUAUUUAUAUUAGUUCACUGUGCUGUGGUUCUUUUAUCUACUACUUGGUGUCCCUUGCCGCAGACACCAGUGACCACGCCGUACGUAAUUGCGUUGUAAGUACAGCGGGGCAUCCGUGGCUGCUGAGCCUCCCGCUGCCCGCCCCAGUGUGUGGGGAGAUGCAUUACCACGAACUUACGGAAUUAAAGAUGUCAACUUCAGACCAAUGUUUCUUUCUACGGUUUGUUCUUUGUUUUAUAUGUUAUUCAAAUAUAUGUAUAUGCUGCGUAAUACUCAUAACCC